AAACCCAAACCCUCGCGAUCUCUCUCUCUCUCUCGAUCGAUCCCUCGAAAACCUCGAAACCUAGAUCGAUCGAAGCAUGCAAGACCAAUCGGAGAUUCGAAACCUUCCCAUUGAUAUCGCCUUCGCUCGCCUCGGAGAAUGGCUGGUGGAUCGGAAGAGGAUACCAUUGGAUUGGAGGAAGCGUCUUAAUGCAGUGCGAUCAAGGAUCUCCCGUGCUCUGCCGUCGCUGCCUCGUGGCCUGGAUUCGUCCUUCCAAACUCUCGAUCCUGAAGCCAUUGAUUACCUGCAAGCAAAGCACAUAUACAAUACGCUUUUGAAUUCAACUACUGAAAAAUCGGAACAUAUUUAAAAAUUAUCAGGCUCUGCUGGGGAGUGGGAGAGUAUUGUGAAAUCAUUUGAGAAAGACUAUAUUUUCCUGGGAGAGGCUGCUCAGAUUAUGGUUCAAAAUGUUAAUUAUGAGAUUCCUUAUCAGAAGAAACAAGUGCAGAAGAUUCAGCAACAACUGACAGAAUUAGAAAGAAAGGAAGCUGACAUAAAAAGAAAUGCUGCUUUAUCUGCUACUAAAUAUGUUGAAGCUUGUCAGGAGCUUGGGUUGCAGGGGAUAAAUGUGAGGGCAGAACUCCUGGAGACAGCGAAAUCUCUUCCUUCAACAUUUCACAAGAUUUUGGAAUCACUUAAUAACGAAACUGUGUUAAGAGCAAUUGAAUAUUAUGCAAACUUUGUUAGAGAUGCUCAUACAGAGAAAGAGAGCACUCCUACAGCUGUACUUCAAAAUUUGAGGCACCUUCACGAACAUCCUCCUUGCCUAAAUGUUACAGUUUCUCUUGAGGUUGAAAAUUCUUUAAAACAGCCGUCGGUGCUGGAAUCAUCUCAUCCAUUCACCGGGGAGCAGCCACUGAAUCCUGAUAUAACCAUUGACGGCAUUGACUGGAACGUUACUCUAGAUGAUAACCAGAUUGACUGGGAUAUUGGUGAUGUGGGGAACCCUGAGGAAUCUGGCGAUGGCUUUGGUUCUUAUGAAAUAAUUGAUUCCAAUGUAGACUUAAAAGAUUCUGAGAAUGGGAAUGGUAUAGCGGUAGAUCAGGCAUCCUUAGUGAAUGUAGAGGAGGGCAUUACAUCUGGAACUUCAGAGUCAGAGAUAUGCUGGGACAUUAGCAUUGAUAAUACUCAGGUGGCUUCAGCAGAGGAUGUUGCUUUGCCAGAUGCAAGCUUGGAAACUCAACCAUUAGUUUCCAUUGAGCAAUCAAAUACACAACAUUUGGGGGAAGAAAGAAGUCAGCUAUUGGAGACUGAGUAUAGGAAUAAAAUACUUGAUGACUUAUUUGAGAUUAAAGCAUUUUUAAAUCAGCGUCUAAUGGAGAUGAGGAGUGAAGAUACUUCUUCUUUACAACAUCAAGUUCAGGCAGUAGCUCCCUUUGUUCUGCAACAAUACACAGCUGAUGCAGUUCAAUCAAUGUUAUCAGUGAUAUCCUCUGCCAUCUCAAUGCUCACAAACCAGAAGACAAGGGACUUGAUAAUGAUUUUGAACUCUAAAAGGUUUCUAGACAGAUUGGUGUCAACAUUGGAGCAGAAAAAGAACCAUGAAUUGAAAUUGAGACACAGUUUGAAUGAUUUGUCAGUUAGACGCAUGGAACUGCAUAACGCAUUAUCAUCGUCUUGGCCCAAGCAAGAAGUGGCGAUUUCAAAAACUAGGGAAUUGAAGAAACUGUGUGAGUCAACACUAUCAUCUAUGUUUGAUGGAAGACCGGUGAACAUAAUUGGAGAAAUAAAUACCUUGUUAAGCUCUAGCGUAAGUGCAUGAGGUUAGCCGGAAACAACACUGAUUUAUAGAGUAUUCUCAAAUUUUGAUAAUUGCAUAUGGUAUAACGUUAUUACUUCGUGUGAUAUAUCUAUAUUUGUUUUUCGAAACAUUUCCAGAUCAUGCAUUACCAAAUUUGGAUAGUACUUUUAAGCUGACAGUGUGACAGAGUAAAUAGAAAAGUCUCACUUUGGUUGUUUGAAAUUACAUAAACUAUACCCUUAAUUUGCAAUAUGAUGGAUUUGCUUCAU